AUGUCGAAUAACUCACCACAUUUUCCUAGAAAAGGAAACGAUAAUAUUUCUGAAACUAAAGAUAAAAACAUCGCAGAUCACACAAAUAUCCCAAAUGAUGUACAAGAAUGUAUCAACAGUAUAAAUUCAAAACUUGAAUCACUCCUGACCUUACACGAUGAGUUGAAAAUUUAUUUAAUUAAUGCCACUGAAAAGGCGGCUAUAUCGGUUCAUGACUUGGAAAUUGUGAAAAAAUUUGCUAAUGAUUAUAAAAGUAUAGCUGUUCAAUUGAUUUCUACAAGUGGUAGAUUUAUUGAGUUGAUUGAGCAGCAAGUUGUUACAUUAGUUGAAGAUCUACAGAGAGAACAGAAAAUUAGAGAUGAACUUGAAAAAAGUUUGGAUAAGGUGUCAUCGCAGGAUGUGGUAGUUGAAGAUGCAGCAAAACUGUAUUUUUUAACCGAAAUAAAUGAGUCGAAGAGUUUGAAGAGGCUGACAGACUCAAAAGAAUUAUUGUUGAAAGGACAUCUUAAUUUGGGUGCAACGUCAUUUAACACAAUCAACAAAGCCUGUGAAGGUUUUGAAGAUCACAGAUCUCUGCGUCAUGUGACUAUUAAUUCAAGAGAAUUGUUAAAAGGACAUCUUAAUUUGGGUGCAACAUUUUUCAACACAAUCAACGAAACCUCUAAAGGAUAUGAGGAUUACAGUUCUGUGGAUCAUGUGAACAGUUUGUGUCGAGUAAAGGAUGAGAAGCAAGAUGAUAUGAAAAGUAGAGCUCUUGAAGCUUAUAACCAAUACAUCCUUGUGUUUCCAGUAAUCACUAGAACAAAUGGUGGAGCCGGAGCAAGUGGGAGGAGACAACGCAGGUCAAGCAUUCCCGAGCGGCCUCAAAACUCCACGUUGAACAUGUGGAGUGUGAUGAAAAACAGUAUAGGGAAAGAUCUGUCACGAAUACCGUUGCCUGUCAACUUUUCAGAGCCGAUUUCCGCACUGCAAAGACUGGUCGAGUGUUUGGAGUAUUCUCAAAUUCUAGACCGCGCUGCCGAGUGUAGCGAUGCGUUAGAGCAGCUAGCUUACGUGGCAGCGUUCUACGUGUCCGGGUAUUCUACUAAUGCAAACCGUACAGCAAAACCAUUUAAUCCACUCCUGGGAGAAACUUUCGAAUGGGACCGUACCAAAGACGAUUAUGGGUGGCGUGUGAUAGCGGAACAAGUCUCCCAUCACCCUCCCAUAUCAGCACUACAUUGCAAGGGCCGGGAAUGGUCUUGCUGGGAAGAGUUCUCGGUUGUUACACGGUUCAGAGGACGCUACCUAACCGCUGAACCUAGAGGGUCAGUACAUCUAGAAUUCAAUAAACACAACGGCCAUCGUUACACAUGGAAGAAGGUGAACACAACUAUACAUAAUAUUGUGAUUGGGAAGAUUUAUGUGGAACAGAAUGGGGAGGUAGAUGUGAUUGAUCACACAAACGGCGCUAAGUGUCGUAUCAGCUUCUUGCCGAAUGGGGGAUAUUUUGGUGGCCGUGAUUGUAAAAACAGGGUGUUUGGGACGGUGAGAAACACAUCAGGGGAGGUGAAGUGGUUGGUAGAUGGUGUUUGGGACAAGUAUGUGGAGAUCGGCGCGGUGAUUGGUGUUGAAGGUACAACUGAGAAACCAGUAUAUAAGACAGAGAGGAAGAGUGUGGUAUGGGAGUGUACACCCUUGCCAGCCAACAGUGAGAGACAGUACAACUUCACGCUGUUCGCGCGUCAGCUGAACGAAAUGGACGACGAUGUUGCACCGACUGACUCGCGGCGACGUCCCGAUCAGAGGCUCAUGGAGGAGGGCAACUGGGACGAGGCCAACGUCGUCAAAGGGCUCCUCGAACAGAAGCAGAGGGACCGCAGGACACGAAACAGUUCGGCGGACAGUGAAGCAUCCCAGGCAGUAGCUCAUAGUAUUAACGGUCAUCAGCCAGUUUGGUUUAAACAGGAAUACAAUGCGCAUACUCGUGAGUCCAUGUAUGUUUACCAGAACGGAUACUGGGAGGCCAAACAGAAACAAGACUGGAGUAUGUGUCCUAAUAUAUUCAGCACUGUGUGAGAACACAAAGUGGAAAAAUGAAUAGAAAUAAUAAUUUAUCACUUCAUACAAUACAGUCAGAUUCAAAUGUACAUCACAAUUCUGAAAUAUCACUGAAAUGAGAUACAAUAUCAAACAAAAUACGGAGUGAACUAAAAGUAUACGGGGUAAAGAAUUUGACCUAACUAUAUGUGACCUAAUAAUUAUAUUCAGCACUGUUAAAGAAAACAAUGUGAAAAAAUAUCAAUAAAUUGAUGUACCGUACCACUUCAUAGAAUCAAAUUAUGUACAUAACAACUCUGAUAUAUUUAAUUAGAAAAAAUAAUAAUUAUUGAUCACUUCAUAGAAUAAAGUCAGAUUAAAAUGUACAUCACAACUUUGAAAUUUAAUUUUACAACUCACAGAAAUGAGCUUCAAUAGCUGUUUUGCAUUAUCAAACAAGAUACAGAGUGAACUAAAAGUACUGAGUAAAUGA